AUGGAAAACAUGAAAGACUCCCAUAUGCGUAGUAAGAUGGUGGUCAAAUUAUUCAAAGGAAAGAAAGAACAACAUCCGAAUUCGGCAACACAACCACAAAUCAAACCCAACAACACCACCACUGAUCUUUCUCAGUGCUCUCACCAAGAAUGGCACCAAAAAUUCCAGCUCGAUAACCAAGCUACUGCAACGAUACCUCAUCACACCCACUCUGAAAUAAGAAUGGACAAUUCAGCACGGCCACUUGAACACAACAACGAAAUACUUGGUUUAACAUUUGAUACAACGCUCACCUCCCAACAUCACCGCAGUUCGAUCAAGAAAGUCACCAACAGAAACAACAUUCCUCGGAGACAGAUUGGGCGCCAUAUCGUACAAGGAACAGGUUUCGAAUUUGGCAGAUGCGGCAUUCGAACCAGGUGA